AUGUCUUCUUUCUUCUUCUACCCAAGAAAUCGUUCUCUCACUCCAUUUGAGCAAAAUUGUCUUGACGAUCACUCUCGCCAAAUGGCUCAGAUCAUGAUCUCGACGGAAGAGAAAUUCCAUGUUUAUGAAAGACUGGCAAAGGUUCAUUGCUCUUCUGGACCCUCUAGCUCCUCUUCAUCCAUCGUGCCUCCUUUCAUAGCGAAUCGUGCAGCAAGUAUCUCAAGAUCUGUGUCAUCUGGAUCAUCAACUACGGCUUCAUCUAGAUCAACACCACGAUCUACCUCUCCAUAUAGAGUUUCAUUAGUUGCCAAUCCAUUCUAUGAUCCAUCAUACAAACGAUAUUCAUCCAAAGCUACAACUGCUUCUACUUCAUCGUCAGGAUCAACACCUACAUCUCCACUCGCAGCCAAGUUGAUCGCCAACCCAUUUUAUGACCCAUCUUACGUUCUGUCUUCAUCUAAACCGACGUCUUCUGAUCCUACACCAUCUUCCAUUCGUUUGAUCCCAAAUCCAUUCUACAAUCCCAACUAUGUCAUCAAUAGCCAGUCUCCACAGUAA